CCGUCGCCAUCGACAAUAUUUUGUCCGACGAUGGUUGUCAAAAGUUCGCUCGCCUUAUGUGGCCGCAGGGAAAUGAUCGUUUCUGUGAAAUAAUGAAAGAGUAUGGAAAGUUGAUGGCGGAACUGGACCGUUUGGCGAAGAGAAUGGCGUUUGAUAGCUACGGGGUGGACAAGAAUCGAUGCGAUUCAUUCCUAGAGUCAAACGAUUAUCUGCUUCGAUUUCUCAAGUACAGAAAACCAGAGAAGGAUGAGGGUAAUUUGGGAUUGCAUGCUCAUUCCGACUUGACUCUCCUAUCCUUGUUGCAUCAACUCAAUUUUGGGGGCUUGGAAAUCAAACCCAAGGGUAAGGACUACUGGAUUGAGGUUGGUGCCUCCCUCUCCUCCGUCGUCAUCAUGGCCGGAGACGCAUUAAAGAUGUGGAGUAAUGGGAGGGUGCACUCGUGUGAACACCGAGUGGUGGUGAAGAAUGCAGAGAGAACAAGGUAUUCGAUGGGAUUUUUUUCCUUCAACGGGAAGACGAUGGAGGUGCCGGAGGAGCUGGUGGACGAGCAAAAUCCCUUGCGUUAUAAACCAUUUGAUAACUAUGAUUACCUUCGCUUCUGCGACACUUCCAAAAUCAAAGAUCCUGCUGAGGUGCGACUCGAGACUUAUUGCGGUGUUUCCAAGGCAACUUAAACUUCAUAUGAAUCUAUCAGUUUCUCUUUUCAGCAAAUGGGA